AUGAAAGAAGUUAGUAAAAUGUCUUUGAUUGUUUUAGUUGGUUCUCAACGUGGUAAAUAUACAGCAAGUGGUGGUCGUGUUCAACAUAUGACAGGUUUGAAAAUAAAUAAAUCUUUAUUAGCACUUAGAGAGUGUAUACGUGCAUUGAGUCGUGAUGAUGGUAGUCAUGUACCAUGUCGUCAUUCAACAUUAACAAAAGUAUUAAGAAAUUCAUUUAUUGGUGAUAAAUCUGAAGUUUUUUUACCUAUUGAUGAUGAUAAAGAAAAUCGAUGUCGUCAUCAUCUAUAUCAUCGUGAUGGUUCUGUAUCAUCAAAUGAUAGCACAAGUUCAUCAUCUAAUGAUCUUCGAGUUGAUGAUGAACAAGAUGAAGCAUCAUCAUCUUUAUAUGCAGCACAAGUUGAACAUUUACAAGAUUAUGAAGAAGCUUUAUUUGAUUCUUGUCGAGAUAUUUUAAUCAAUAAAGAAGCAACACUUACAAAACAAUUACGUAAAAUUGUUAAACAAGUAUAA